AUGUCUUUGGAAGCCUUCAUUCGUCAAGCCGAUCGUCUGGUCACCUUCAAUGCCGAAGUAGUCGGUGGUAAUGUUCCCUUGACGUCUGCCCAAUUCGUAAAAAUUCACAUUUCUGAAGUUAAGUCCUUAUGGGCAGGCAUCAAAUCAGCGUAUGACCAAUUUAUGUCCGAUCGAGCUAGCGAAGAACAGAACGAGGAGGAUGAUGAACAGGAAGAAGAUGCAGAAGCCGCUUCAGAGCUUGAGACAUUCCAAGCCAAGUAUAAUAGUGCCUAUAUCACUUAUUGCGAGUGCUUGGCUCGCCUUACACAGUUGUCUGAGGAUCUCCAAACAGUUCCUAAAGAGCCGCCUGUUUCACUUCCAAACCCUUCGCCUCAGAGUCCUAAUGCUAUGGUCCAUAAUGAUCACGACUGUAAAAAGGAGUAUGAUCAGGUACUCAAUGAGUACGUUCAGUCGAAACACAUGGUCUCAGUUCCUAAUCCAUGUUUAAAUAGUGAUUCACGCCAUUAUUAUUUACCACAUCACACGGUUAUUAAGCCGGAGAGCUCGACCACCAAGGUUCGGGUGUUCUUUAAUGCUCCUUCCGAUACGUCCAAUGGUCACAGCCUGAACGAUGUUUUGCACGCUGGUCCGGUGUUGCAAUCUGACUUGACCACUUUACUUCUCAAAUGGCGUUUCUUCCAAAUUGUAUUCAAUGCGGACAUCGAUAAUAUGUACCGCCAGAUUCUUGUUCAUCCAGAUCAUACUCCAUUCCAAUGUAUCAUAUUCCGCAACCACCCAGGUGAAAACAUUCAUGAUUUCGAGUUACAAACUGUCACUUUCUGUGUCAAUUGUGCUCCGUACUUGGCUAUUCGCACUAUUCUCCAACUUGCUGACGAUGUUCAAGAUUUAUAUACAAUUGCAAAUGGCUCUUGCAGUUUUCCUGGUUCCCCAGCCCAUAGUACAGUGGUCUUUACCAAUGCCAAUUUAACCGAUGGCACUGUGGCCUCAUAUUCCUGCGAACGUGGUUUUGAAUUAUUGGGACCAGCCCGAAGAGUUUGUGAUAAGGGUGUUUGGCUGCCCGAAGGAAUACCGUUUUGUGUUCUAAAUGUGGCCGCUGGCAAGGCACCCAUGCAAAUUUCCACCGAAGGUUCCGGUGCUCCCCAAAAAGCCAUUGACGGUUCCACAUCGGCCUUUUUCACACCCGAAACAUGUUCGCUGACCAAAGCGGAACGUUCGCCAUGGUGGUAUGUAAAUUUAUUGGAACCCUAUAUGGUGCAAUUGGUGCGUUUGGACUUUGGCAAAUCGUGUUGUGGCAACAAACCCGCCACCAUUGUGGUUCGAGUCGGCAAUAAUCGUCCCGAUUUGGGUACCAAUCCAAUUUGCAAUCGUUUCACUGGCCUACUGGAGGAAGGACAACCCCUCUUCUUGCCCUGCAAUCCCCCUAUGCCUGGUGCUUUUGUUUCGGUACAUUUGGAAAAUAAAACCCCCAACCAGCUAUCGAUCUGUGAAGCCUUCGUCUAUACCGAUCAGGCCUUGCCCAUUGAACGCUGUCCCACAUUCCGUGAUCAACCUCCAGGUGCCUUGGCUUCGUACAAUGGCAAAUGUUACAUCUUCUAUAAUCGUCAGCCGUUGAACUUCUUGGAUUCGUUGGCAUUCUGUCGUUCCCGCGGAGGUACCCUGAUCAGUGAAAGUAAUCCCGCCCUGCAAGGUUUCAUUAGCUGGGAGCUGUGGCGUAGACAUCGCAGUGAUGUUAGUUCUCAAUAUUGGAUGGGUGCUGUACGUGAUGCUGUCGAUCGUUCCACCUGGAAAUGGGUUAAUGGUGAAGAGGUGGCCGUAUCGUUUUGGAAUCAUCCAGGCGGUGAUGAGGAUUGUGCAAGAUUUGAUGGUUCCAAGGGAUGGUUGUGGAGUGAUACGAAUUGUAACACACAUCUGAAUUUCAUUUGCCAACAUCAGCCAAAGACUUGUGGAAGGCCAGAACAACCUCCAAAUUCCACCAUGAUUGCCUUGAAUGGUUAUGAGGUUGGAGCACAAAUCAAGUAUACCUGUGAUGCAAAUCAUUUGUUGGUUGGUCCUUCGACCAGGACAUGUUUGGAAACAGGUUUCUAUAAUGAAUUCCCACCGGUGUGUAAAUAUAUUGAAUGUGGUCUCCCUGCCUCCAUACCCCAUGGUGGCUAUGACUUGUUGAAUGGCACCGUUGGCUACUUGAGCUUGGUUAAAUACCGCUGCGAUGAAGGCUAUGAAAUGGUGGGCCGAGCCCUGCUCACCUGCGAUUUUGAUGAACGCUGGAAUGGCCCCCCACCAAGAUGUGAAAUUGUUGAAUGCGAUACCCUGCCCGGCAACUACUACAACACCAUCAUCUCAGCACCCAAUGGCUCAUACUAUGGCAGCAAGGCAGAAAUUACCUGUCCACCUGGUCAUCGUUUGGAGGGACCCAGCACCCUUACCUGUCUAUCUUCAGGACAAUGGAGCAGUGCCUUGCCACGUUGUAUUAAGGUGGAACCCACAACAACAUUGCCUCCACCACCACCACCAACCACGGCGGUGCCCACAGUACCCUCAACCACUUCGUAUAGACCCAAGAUUAGCAGCACUACCACCAAGAAGGCUUAUCGUCCCACAACAAGCACAACUAGUACCAGUAGCACGGCUCAACCCACCAGCGGAGGACCACAAGUGGAAAUCAAUGGAGAAACCGAUUCCGAUGAAGAUGUCACCUAUGUUGUGCCCGGUACGGUGCGCGAAGAAUUCCCACCAAGACGUACUGUGCGCCCCGUGCUCACUCCCAACAAACCCAAGACGACACCAGCCUAUGAAACACCCAGUAGACCCACAACCGGAGCAUCGAGCACCUCAAGACCACCCACCUACUACAGUCCUCCCACACGUACUCGUGCUCCUUAUGUUCCAACCACCCAGAGUGUUGAGACCACCACCCGCAAUAUUCAAAAUGUCAUACAGAAUGCUCAUCCUCAGGAUAAUGAAAUUGCCGAUAGCGUCAAUAUUCGUCACAAUCAAUCGCCGAAUGUCAAUGUGCCCUUCUCCGUAGAGAACACCAAUCACAAAGAGACCAAGGAAGCGAAACUUAAUUUGGGCGCCAUUGUUGCUUUGGGUGCCUUUGGUGGUUUUGUAUUUUUGGCUGCGGUCAUUACGACGAUUGUCAUAUUGGUCAGAAGAAAUCGUACCACUCAGCAUUAUCGCCACAGAGCAUCACCCGAUUGUAAUACCGUUGCCUCGUUUGAUAGCUCCACAUCGGGAUCCCGUAAUGGUCUCAAUAGAUAUUACCGUCAAGCCUGGGAAAACCUACACGAAUCGGCCUCCAAAAAUAGUUCACACAAUGCCCUGCGUCGCAAAGAGACUUUAGAUCCGCCAGCCAUGACCCGAUCCAGAGAUAAUUUAAGAGAUAACAUGCAAAGGUCCAGGGACAAUUUGGAUCGCGUGGGACGUGACAAUUAUGGUAUGCGUGAUAAUUCCGAAAUGGUCGUUUCCGAUGUCUGUCUAAAAGAAAAGAAACGUCACCAUCAUCAUCACCACAAAAACGGUUCUUCACGCAAUGGUGAAUAUCGCGACCACUCGGCGGGUAGACGGGAUCAUCAUCGACACAGUGGAGGACAUUAUUGACCAGCUAUGAUCAUUACCAUCAAUGUAGAGCAAUAA